AUGGCGACGCCGCGAGUCACGGCGAGGCCGCCGUCCCCGUUCGUCCCGGCGGGCAAAAACGGAUUGUGCUGCAAGUGCCACGUGGCGCGCGUGUACGCGCUGAUGGUCUUCGUCAGCCUCCUCGCGCUGCUCCUCUUCCUCCUCGUGCCCUGGGCCGCGUCGCACGGCGCCAUCCGUGCGACUUCUGGCGACGCUGUCGCCGUCGCAGAGGCAGGAACCGGGGGUCGUGUGCGAGGUAGGGGCAGGGGUCCGCAGCGCGAGCGGCGGGAUUCGUUGUAUUUUGGGGGCAAUGGGGGGAUCGCGGGGAGCGCAGUGCGCAUGGGGGGGGAGCAGACGGACGCGAUCCCGGGGAAGGCAAUGGCCAUGGCGGACGCUGCUGAUUCUGUAGCGAGUAGCGAAGCUGCUUCCAAGGGAGAUGAGACGUUGGUGGGGGGAGCAGGGGAGGCGGAAGAGAGGGAAGAUGGGGCGGAAAGAGGAACAGAUGGAGGCGUGGCAGAAGCGGAAGCAAGGGAGGGUGGGGAGGGAGGAGAAGGGGGAGAGGUGCCGAUGCCUCUGCGGGUGUACAUGCUGCCACUGACAGGCGAGCUCAACUUUCACGUGCUGCUGCAACGGUGGCGCUUUGCAAACCGGGUGCAGGUGGCGGUGCAGCACGGCAUGCCAGCGGACUGGCAGUUCAAAGGCAACUCGCUGCGGCCGCGGGCGGACGGGGACGUGCUGGGGGGGGUGGUGCAGGACGAUGGGUGGGUGGAGGGCGAGGGGGAGGCAGGGGGAGGAAGCGGAGGUGGAGAGGGGUCGGUGCAGGUGCCGCAGUUUGUGGAGGGGUGUGGGAUGCACAUAGAGCAGUACGCGGCGGAGUACUGGCUCACUCUCUCCCUGCUCGCCGGCGGACUGCCCUCCGUUCAGCGCGUGCGGCGGGCUGAAGACGCCCACAUCGUGUUUGUGCCCGCCUUCUCCUCCGCCUUCUAUGCCACUCAGAUGAAGACCAAUGAGAGGCGGCGGCGGGCGGGCGACACGAGGAUACCGGAGGAGCAGCACGUGCUGGCAGCGGUGACGCAGCACGCGCUGUGGGGGGACGGGGGCCAGCAGGGGGAAGGGGCCAGCCAGGGGGGGGGCGAGCUGCUGGAGAAGGUGGAGGUGGCGACUGGGGAGGGCUCACCUGGUGGUGAUGGUGCCGGGGAGGCGGGCGGCAGCAGCAGACGACGACUGCUGCGGGUGCUGAAAGGGGGACGGAAGGGGAAGGAAGCGGAGGCGGGCGAGCAGGCGAAGAACGCACAGGGGGAGGGUCGGCAGGGACCCGAUGGUGGGGGUGGAGCGGCUGCGAGGGCCGAUACAGCAGAGAGGUUGCAGAGUGAGGGAGGCAAGGGAGGCCUUGUGUCUCGGCGGCAGGACUUCCUCAUCCCAGCAGUGCACCCCCACGCACUGUCCACGGUGCGGCACGAGGUGGCAGCAGCGCACAUGCUGAUGGUGGACUUCAGCCAGCCAGCAGAGCAGGUGGCGCAUCUGGACAAGGACGUGCUGGUGCCCUACUCCGCGCUCAUCCCGCCCUUCCUCAAUGACUCGCUGCCGGGGGAGACAGAGGGCGGGCAGGGCAGUGCGGGAGGGGCGCAGGCUGUGGCGGCGUGGGCGGCUGCACGGCCCACUCUGAUAUUCUUCAGAGGCACGCUAAACCGGCAACAGGUGCGCAUGCAGGCUUUAGAGGGGGAUGCAAUGCCAGCACGACCGGCCAGCCCGAACCAGUGCCGCCUACUCCCUCCCUUGAGCCACUCAUCCACCCCGCCUGCCUCCAACUGCGUUGCCCCUCCUCUCCCUCGCCCCUGUGCCCCCUCCCCCACCCCUGCACUGCACCAGGGAGGGGCCAUGCGGGUGCAGCUGGCGCGGCUGCUGGCGAACGUGAGUGGGGCGGACAUAGCGGAGGGGUCGCCACUGCAGGGCGGGGUGCAGGCGGCCACAGCAGGCAUGCGCGCCUCCAAGUUCUGCCUCGUGCCUGAAGGCGACACGGCAUCAUCAUGCCGGCUGUUUGACGCCAUGCUAUCGCACUGCAUCCCGCUGGUGGUGUCCGACUCGCUGGACCUGCCAUUCGAGGAGGCCCUCGACUACACCGCCUUCGCCCUCUUCCUCCCGCAGGCCCUCGCCCUCCGCCCCGGAUACGUCGACGCCUUCCUGCGAAACGUGUCGCACGAAUCAGCAUUCGCCAUGUGGCAGCGGCUCAGAGAGGUGGCACACCACUUUGUCUACUCCACGCCGUCCAAGCCCGGAGGGGCGGAGGACAUGAUCUGGCAGGCUGUAGCGCGGCGGUGGGCAGGGGACCACUAUGGGCGGCGCUACAACCGGGAGAACCAGAGGAGGCGGAGGAGAGUGAUGGAGCAGCUGCUGGAGCGAGAAGGGCUCAGUGCUGCUGACAUUGUGGUCAGACCGCGCGCGCUGCCUCUCAUGUAG